AACACUUUUCGGUCACAAGAAAUGCGCUGGGUUUGCCUAAUAUUAUUUUGACGUUAAAGUGGUUCACAUGUCGGUAACAUGAAAACAUAGUCAGUUGAUGAUCCGUAAAAUUGUCAAGUUUAGACGUGUUAGUAGAGCAAGAGAACGGAUAAUGUCUCUUGUUACUGAUUCAGUCACUGUCCAGGCAAUGGUUCUAAAUAAUUUAUCUGCUGUUGUUAGAAUAGCCACCGAUGAAGUCUUGAUAAAUCAAGAGUAUCCAGAUUCAGUUGAAAAAGCCCUCUUAUUUUCCUUAAAAUGUUUAUUGAGCAAGCACAAGUGCACUGAUCAUUUUGUCUAUAAUGUGUAUGCAGAAAGUCCUGAACCUUUGUUUAAGCUGCAGUCGAACGAGUCUAGUAACGGAUUACAACAGUAUCAGGAAUUUCCAAUGUUUCCGGGGAAUUUAUCGUUGUUCCAUAUAAUUAAUACAUUUGUGUAUACUUUGUCAUCAGAAGAUAUUCUUGCUUUAGAUAAAGCAUUAAAGUUCGGCCGUGAAGGUUAUUAUUGUCUUGUGAAAAAUCCAUCCAGUUUUCCGAAAUCAGUGAAUUUCCAGAAUGACUUAGUGGAACUUUCUGAUUGUGUACAUAGUUCCGAACAACCUGAGGAAUCAAUGGAGAAAUGCAAUAAAUGUGUCAUUCGUAAUUUUCGUCCAUUAUAUCGAUGUUCGAGGUACGUAGUCGGCCUAACGUGUUCACAAUGUGAGUCUUUCAAACCGAAACGGACUAAAAGCAACUCUCCACCCAAUAAUUGUGUUUCAGGGACCGCCUUAUUUUGUAUUGAUCUUUUGCUUGCUGUUUGCAAAGCGUGGAGGUGGAAGGACUUAAGCCCUGGCGAUUAUCUCAGACGGACUGGACCUUGUCAGUUCUCAGAAAAGCAUACAAACUCACAAAUUUGUUUAAACCCCUAUCACUGGAGUCGAGUACUUAUUCAAGAUAAAAUUAAUGAGGAAAAUAACUGCUCAAGAUAUUCUUCAGAUCCAGAUAUUGUUUGUCUGGGAUUGAAACAUAAUCAUCCAAAUUGUAGUAAUCAUGAAUCUCAUCUUAAGGGAUUGAAUACGGAUUCAGAAUAUCCUAAGGAUAUGAUGCCAUUAUUACUACCACCGUCUGUAUUAUCUUCGUCGUCAUCAUCUUCCUCAUCGUCAACAGAAUCGACAUCUGCAGAAACACAAAUUUCAUUAAUUCGGAUGGAUCAGUCGUGUGAUUCAGUUAUAUCAUAUGAUCCAAUUAUAAAUAAUUCUUCAGCUCCGUUGCUUGCCAAUCAUGAUACCUAUGCAAAAACAAAACUGACUUACUGUUCACCUCAGUUUCUUCAUAAAAUACAACAAAAAUUGCACAUGAAUUUAGUAAGUCCUGUUUCAUCUUUAACCAAAUGGAAGAAAUUGAGAAACAAUAGAAAUUUUAAAUUAUCUACUUACUUGGUUCCAUCCACAGAUUUCAAUCAUACAACACUACUUUCACCAGCACCACCAACAACUACUUCCACAUCUGUAAGUAGUUCUGAUGAUGAAAUGCAUAGUUGUAGUUUCAUCUUAUCUUCUAACAACCCUAGAAAUGAUAACCCUUUACAAAAUUCUAAUCUACAUUUUAACCGAUUUAUUUCUAUUAGCGAUCAUUCUGUUACAAUAAAUAAUGAGAAAUCUUACCUACAUAGUCGUCUUUCUUCUCCCUCUCCUCUACACCAUCUUAAACCAUGGGCAAAUAUUUCCUAUUGGGAAUCACAUCAUCAUGUUGGACGUAGAUGGUAUCAAAUUACAAAUCGUAAAUUAAAUAUUGUCUACAAUGAUGUUAAUAUUAAUGAUGAUGACCAUAAUAAUAGUGAUGUAAAGGACAAGCUGUAUUCAUCUCCGAAACAAGCAUAUAUACAUAAGGAAAAUCAUUCAAAUUAUAGAAGUAAAUCUCAAAGUGAUUAUAUAUAUUUAUCUUUACUAACUUUAUAUCAAUCAAAUCAUGUAAAAUAUAAUUGUAAAUCAGAUUGUAAUAGAAGUUUUAAUGAACUCGAGAAUUAUUCGACCACUCCCUCUAUUGCUUGUCAUACGAAUAGGAUUAUUGGUAAUAACAGUAGUAUCAUCAGAUCAUCUUCAAAACAAUGCAAAAAGUGUUAUAAUUAUGUGGAUUCAUUCAACAAUGCAUCUCUUAUACCAAAUUUAAUUGUUCAUUCAUCAAUGUAUAAAUCAUCUUCUGGUUGGAGACAAUGUUGUCGUCUAGGUAGCCAGGGAAUUUCGCUUACACUUACCACUUAUGGUUGUGUGUGGUUAAGUAAUCAAGCGAUGGCUACAAACUUACCUAUAUUUGUAUCAUCACCUUGUUUGCAGUUUCAUAAUGCUACUUCUUCUUCCUCUUCUUCUUCAUCCCUUAAUAGUAGUACUGAAGACUUUCUUGUCGAUAGACCCGUAUAUCGUGUACCAGCCGGUUAUUCUCUAUUAGUUUUCGACCUUUCAUGUUAUGAAAACUGGUUGCAACAACAGUCUUCUUCAUCAUCUUCAGCGUCAUCAUCAUCUUGUCGUCAGUAUUCCGGUAACAACCAUAAUGGCGACAGCAGUAAUUUAAGUGGUAAUAACAAUAAUAGUAAUAAUGUAGAUUUUAACGAGUUGCACAAAACUCAUUUGUGGGCAAAAAAAAACAAUCUAUGCAAAAAUCCGAUUAUACAUAUAAGUUUAGGUAAAGGUUGGGGACCAUCAUAUCGUCGACCAGAUGUUACACAUUGUCCAGCACGUUUAGAGGUGUGGAUUAAUUUAGAACAUCUGUUUCCUUUAUUCAUUUCAAACAAAUAAGAAAUUGUAAAAAUAAUUUAUUUUUCCGAUAUCCUUUUCAUUAUCUCUAUCCUCUCUUUUUUUCACUUAUUUUUCUUGUUAUUAUUGUGAUUUAAUAAAAAAAAUGUAUAUAUAUAACAUGUGUAAAUAGUGAGGAACUGUUAUAUACCACUUAACUAUUAGCAUUUUGUUCGUUAUUAGUUUCUAUGCUACUCGAUUAAUACUAAUUAUUAUGAGUAAAAUGUAGUAUUCAAUAAUUGCAGAAAUGUUUUCAAAGUAUCUAUACUGUGAUAUAUGUAUGUCUUUAUUCUCUUCGUUUUAUCGGAUAUAGUAAGAAUGAUUACGUUAGCAUUUGUGAAUGUGUACUUUUUUAUGUGAUGAUCUCAUGUAUAUUCUUUGCAUAUUUAUGCAUUUUAUGAAGUGAUUAGUUUUUAUAAAAUUUCUGACCAGUAAAAGUGUUUCUUUUUUUAAUUAUUGGGAAAUUUCGGACGUAUUUGAGAAGUGGUCAAUGUAAAGGUUUACUAUUUUAAUAUGUAAAAUUGUGUAAUUCACUUACAACUUAUUUUUGUGUGUUUUACUUCGACCACUAUCGUAAAAUUAUGAAUUUAUGAACUGUUGAGGCUGAUGAUGAAAAUAUUGAAGACCUAUGUUUUUAUAUUUUUAUACUUCUAAUUAGGUUAUAUGAGUUGUUUUUGAGGUGCAUUUUUGACUCAUCUUCAUUUCCAACCCAUAAAAAUACUGUCUUAUUCACUGAAUAGAUCCUACAUAGUAGUAUCCGUAGUUUCCUGAAACCACAUACUCUAUUACAUAAACUAUUAUCGCCAAACAUUGUGUAUUCUUGGAAUGUGUGAUUCUAUGCUUAAAACUGAUGAUAUUCUGAUCGCUUCACGUUCAUUGAGAACUGAGAAGUCACUAAUUAUUUUAGAUUUUCUCAAGUAAGACGACUAAUUUAAAUAGUUCCCUGUAGAUCGAAGUGUUUAGUCAGUCUCUGUCUGUUCAGUUAUCAUAAGAGCAUUCAAUUUCUUUCUUAUCUAAAUAAAUCAUAAGACUAAUCUAAGAAGACUGAAUGUAGUUUCUUUCAAAUUUUAUUCAUUGACUUCAGACAAUUCUUAGGUUCGUAUGAAAGGACCCAGUUAACCGUAUUACACUCAGCUUGAUAUACCUGUUGUAACGUAGUGAUACUUAGACGUACUGACAGAAAGAUCUCAUGUUUCAAUGUCGAUUAGGACAACGGUCAAUUCCAAUUGUUACAUACAAACCAAGAAACAGCUAGUAAUUAUGCACCUCGAGUUGUUUUCUCUUUCAAGCAGUUUGAAGAUCUGUGAACAUCAUAAACUGUAUUGUCGAAUAGACAAAUGUAUGACUCAGAUUUUUAACUUUGAAUAUUUGUCGCAUUUCAAAUUAACACCAAAAAAUCUUUAAUAAAGACAACUUCAACAUAUUACAACAGUCUGUGUGAAUCCAUAUAAUUUCAUGAUACAGUUGUCCCUAAACGUUUCACAACCAACUACUAUGCUAUCUAAAAUCGCAUCGACGAAAGCGGUGGUUAUCCAUGCCUGAAAUAUGCCCUAACUGCUUCAGUCAAUUAAAAUGCCAUAAAAGUAUUAUAAUAUUUAUAGCACUGGUUUCCCUUAAAGCUUAUCUGUUUGGCAAUCAGUUAACUGAAUGUUAUAUCCGGUGAAGAUUAAACUACAGGUAAAUUCCAAGGACUAUUCAUGGACUAAUAUUCUAUAAAUAUUCUUAUUGUAUAACUACUCAACAAUUACACUAUGGAUAUUUAUAUUCCUUUUAUGAUAAACUUUGUUUUGACCUAUAAUUUAUUAUUGUACGAUUUACGGUUCUUAAGUUAUUUUCAGUUUAUUAACUACUGCCUCCCACAUUCACAGCCACUUCUUGGGCUUAUUUGUGUACAAAUAUUAUUUCCUAUUUUAUGGUACGUUGCGGUCUGUGUGAUUGAUAUAUAAACCAAGUAUGCAUGAAACAAACGAUUCGAUUCAUAUUCGGAAGCUGGUAUUGUGUUUUGUACUCAAGUGGAAGGGCUCGUAGGACAUAGGACCAAUAAGGACGCUAAACUGCCCACACCGCUUGAACGUCAUUGGUUGGCCUAGUGUGAAGAUUCGUAUAAGUCGUAUUCGGAUUGGUAGAUAAGUCGUGUGAUAGAAAGACCAGACGUCAAGGUCAUAACAAUUGGCGACGUGGAUUUUGGCAAAAACAAAAUAAU